CUCACUCAUCAUUGUCCCACCUUACUGCCUUCCACCUAAUUCAGUUGUACGGAACAUACUACCUGUUCGUCGAACAACCCUAACUUAUGUCAUCUCAUGCUCAGGAGAAACUCUACUGUGUUGCGCGAUAGUAAGUACAGUACCAUAAGUUAUUAUUUCUUGUAGCGUGCUUCUUGGUUGCGAGGUAGUCGCAUUGCCUCGUCGCGUUCGCAAUCAUGUCAUAAGCUUAUCAAUCCUUAGCGGCAUGCUUAGCCUUUCUUAACUCCGUCACUGCAAUCAUGCAGCGAACGGACUCGUUCUCUCGGCGCUUUAAGGAGGACACGGAAUUGACCGCUGCUCCUUCUUAUCCUCGUAGCCGCAGCACGGGCCAAUCUAACAGCUACAGACCAGCUGACGCGGGUUACAACAGCUACAGUAACUACGAGCCAGAUGCGGGGGGUGACAACUUCGACUUCGAGGAGACCACGUGGUCUCCCGCCCUCUCUUCCGGCGGCGAAAUCGCGCGAGAUCGACCCACCCGUAACAACCAUCGGCGGACGCUGUCCGUGUCGUCCGCCCUGCGGCCUCAAAUCUACCACAACUUCCACGACGCGGGCGAGAGCCAGGGCGUAGGCGGGAGCGUGCUGGGGCUCUACGGAGAGCUGGGCAGCGCGGAAGGGGACCUUUUGCGGCAGCGGAGCGAGAAGGCCGCGCGGAUCCCGUCUUCGGCUUCCACUCCCAACGCGUACGGCCACAGAGGUCGGUCGUCGAUCGCGGCGUCGCUGGAUGCGACAGGCAGCAGCAGCAUGGGCAGCGCCAUGGGCAGCGCCAUGGGCAGCGCCAUGGGAAACAGCAUGGGAGGCAGCAUCGUGGAUAGCGAAGCGUUGUUCGCAGCGAUGCGGGGGAGACACCUGGGUGCAGGGUCGCCGAGCAUGGAUGUGGAGCGGCUAGCGGACACGGGGAGGGAUCUGGCGGGGAGAUAUGAGAGCGUGGGUGGCGGUAGGUACGGCGGGAGCAUGCGGUUGGGCGGAGGGGAUGGGGGAGGGGACGGAGUAUUGCGGAGGGUGCUGAGUCACCGGGAGAGCGACUUUGCCAACGGUCAUGUGGGGCGCCAGGACGCGUGGGCGGACCUGUCCACUGACUCGUCUUCGUUUUCCGCCAGCUCCUGGCGGGGCGGAGCGGAUAGCCUAUCAGACUUAGUGGGGAACCCUGGCGGAGGCUCGUCCGCGCUGGGCUUCAUUGACGAUGGCAUGGGCAUUGGGGGAGGCGGGGGGGGGGGAAGGCGGAUGGGCGCAGAGGAGCUGCUAGGUGUGGGGGGCGGGGCGGGGAUGCAGGUGAAGGCGGUGCUGAAGCUGGUGGAGGCGGCGCACGCCAACAACGCGAGUAUGGUGAACAGCGUGCUGCAGGAGGCCUCGUCGCGCACGCUGCUCCUCAACGCCCUGCACCCAGCGACGGGCAGGACGGCGCUGCACGAGGCGAUAGUGGCGGGCAGUCUGGAGGCGGCGGCGCUGCUGCUGGAGUGGGGGGCGGACCCUGACGGGGGCAAGGCCGCCGCAGAGGGCGGGCAGUCCCCUCCUCUGAUGUCGGCGGUGCAGGCGGGCAGCGAGGAGGCGGUGCGGCUGCUGCUGACCAACGGCGCCGACAUCAACGCCACGGACGCCCGCCUCUGCUCCGCGCUGCACUACGCCUGCGCCACCGGCCACAGGAGCAUAAUCAAGCUGCUACUAGUGGCGGGCGCCAACAUGUAUGCACGCAACCGUGACGGGCUGCUACCCCAGCAGCUGACGUCCUCGGACCGCAUCGGCGCGCUCUUCCGCAAGCUGCACGACUACCACCAGCGCUGCGGCGUGCCUGACUCCGCCUCCCCUGGGGGCGCACCCAUGGACGCCGCUAGGGGCCCCAUGGACUCUGUCAGGGGCGUGGGCGUGCACGGGGGGUUCAACAGGGAGGUCUUUGCGGAUGGGGAUGGGGGCUUCGGCGGGGACUUGCUCUCAGGGGAGUUGGGAGGGUUGGAUUCGCUAGGGGGGCGGGAGGGAGGCUUGGGGGAUGUUGGUGGGUUUGCGCAUGGGUUGGGCCAGUCUGGGUCGGGGAGAGGGCUGGGGUUGGGGUUGGGGCUGGGCGGGGAGGAGGAGGAUGGGGUGGAGAGGGCGGGGGAGUUUGAGGCGAUUGCGGCGGCGACAGGGCGUAGUCAGAGGGGCGCUGCUUGGCUGGCGGAGCUGCGGGCGCGCACAGGCUUCGAUGCGGGCGAUGGGGGCAGAGAGGUGGGGAACAGAGAGCUGGGCGGGUUGGGGCACAGCGGCAGUGGGACGGAGGCGGGGAGGGAAGGCGGGGAGUGGGGCGGGGGCGACGGGCUGGAGAGCAAAGAAGAGCUGUUUCAGAAGGCGUGGGAGCACGACAGGGAGGACGACACCAGCUCGCCCACCUUCCCCGUCUCCCACAUCCCCACUGCUGCUGCUGCCAGGGGAGGGGGGGAUCACAGCAGCGGCCAGGAGAGGGGCGGGGUGCGCAGGGUGGGGAGCGGUGGGAGAGAGGAUGGGCGCGAGAUGGGUGACAGCUCGAGUGAGACGGACGGGGGUGGAGAGCGCAGGAGACGCGUGGGGGUGAGGCAUGCAGGUGGGCCAGGGGGAGCAGCAGCAACGGGGCAGGCGGGGGGGGCAGCUGGAGCAGCAGCAGCAGGGGCAGGAGGAGCAGGGGCACGGUCACAGACCCAGGCACAGGCACAGGCACAGGCACAGGCACAGGCACAGGCACAGGCACAGGCACAGGCACAGGCACAGGCGGGGGGCGCAUCGCACAUGGCAUCCCAGCCGCACCUGCGCUACCAUCGCACUCUCAGUGACUCCAGCCACCGCCCCUCGCCCUCCUCCUCCUCCCUCUCCCCCCUCCUCGCCAGCAGCCCCACCCACGGCCCCAACAGUGGCGCUGCCUCCCCUGCUGGAGGCUCGGACAGCCACUCCGAUGUCGACGGACCGAACUCCCAGGCUCGGCGAACCCGAUCCGGAGGCUCAGGCCCGGUAAACGCUGCGGGCCGUUCAAUAGGGGGCCGAGGCGUGGGGCCAGCAGGAGGAGCUAUGGAUGGGCGGGGGGGGCGCGGAGGGAGAGGGGGAGGGGCGGGCAUGGGGAGGGGCGUGCGUGCAGGGAGGCAUGCGCGGUCGCAGUCUGUGAGCCUGGACGGGUCGCACAGGGGAGGCAUCCCCUUGGGCCCGCAGGGCGCAGGCCCCAGCAGAGUGGGCUCUGAGGCCAGGCGGGCGGCAGCAGUGGGGCACACAGGGAGGCGAGACGGUGCUGUGGGCGUUGGCGUUGGCAUGAGCAUGGCCGUGGGUGUGAGUGUUCCGUCCAAUGACUCGGGCGGGGGCAGCGCAGACGAAGUGGCGGCUGCGCGUGAGGGGUCGGAUGCGGUGGAGAGGGGUUCCCGGUUGGAGACUUUCCGGCUGGACGCACAGUACGCGUCGGAGUCAGAUACGCGGAGGGGAGUGGACUCAAGGCCGCUGCUGCGGGUGGGCAGCCUGGGGGAGAGGCACAUCGAGGGCAUGCGGCAUGCCGCAGGGGAGGGGGCGGGGGCCGGGCCGGAUAGGGUGAACCCCAGGCAGCCUCAGUAUGUGAGGGAUCUGAGGCUCAUGGGCGCGGGGGGCAGUGACAAGAGCAGGGAGAGGGCGGGCGAGAGGGAGCGAGGGGGGGACAGGGGGGGUGAGACGUCAACGAGUGACACGGAGGUGUCCGUGAAGACGCCGAUGUCCGCCCGCCUGCCAUCCGACCACGCGUCCGGUGGGUGGCGGCGAGCGUCUUCAGUGCGGGGAGAGAUUCUGACAGAUGGGGAGAAGGCGGCAAUGGGGGCGAGAAAGCCCCUGCAGUCGCCGUUACAGGGCAGGGGGGGAGGCAGUGCUGCUGCUGCUGGCGCUUCUGCUGCUGCUGCUGGUGCUGGUGCUGAUCGUAAUGCCAGUGCUGCCAAUGGCUGUGUGGAAAGAGCUAGUAACGCCAAUGCAAAUUCCAAUAACGGCAAUGGCCCCAAUGCUUCCACCACUAGCAGUGCCACCACUGCUGCUGCUGCAGCAGCUGCAGGUGGCACCGGGAGCAACGGCUGCUCAAGUGCCAACAGCGGGGGCGCCACUGCCGCCCGCCAGCCUCCCCGCGUGCGCAAGUCGGUGUCCUUUGCCCUGCCCUCGGGGGGCGACGAGGGCUCCCCAGGGCAGCACGGGCGGCACAGGGCGGAGAGUGAGGGGGAGAGCGACGGGGGUUCUGGGAAGGAGGAGACGGAGAGUGGGAGCGAGGGAGGGGGGGUGCGGAGGCGGCGGUAUGGCAACCGACGACUCUCUCCCAGGCCUCCUGUGUCGCCCCGCAGGAAAGCGGCAGUUGCUGCUGCAGCAGGGGGGGCAAAAGGGGCAGGUGAAGCGACAGGGGGGCUCACAGGGGCGGCAGGAGCAGGGGAUAAAGGGGGGGGAGAGGGGGCGGAUGGGUGUGCAAGCCGGGGGAAGCCCCCAUCCCAUUCUGGUUUCCCGUCUCCUUCCACGGUCCCUUCCCCGUCUCUCUCCUCCCCAUCAGCAUCCUCCCCCUCGGCCUCGUCUCCCCUGGCCUCCCCUGCCACCUCAUCACCCCGCUCCCCUGCCAACUCCCCCACACCCUCCGCUUCCCCCCUCUCUGGAAAAGCCGACAGCGCCAAGAAGGGAGCCGAGGAGAAGGGUGCAGAGAAGCAGGCUGGAGUGGGGGAUAAGGGAGAGAGGGGGGGGAAGGCAGGGGGCAAGGGCAGCGAGGAGAAGUCUAGAGAAGUCAGUGCUGGAGAUGAGGGUAAAAGGCAGGAUGGUGAUACGGGGCACAAGAAUAAGCAAGUGGAGAAGGGUGGGAAGGCAGGGGGGCGAGCAGAGGAGGGGAGUGCGAGCAGCGGCAGCGAGGGGAACGAGAGUGAGAGCAAGUCCCCUUCGUCCUCCCCUUCGCCCUCCUCCCCUGCUGCAUCCCGUGCACCCUCCUCCUCCUCCACCACCACCUCCUCCACCUCCUCCUCCUCAUCCACCACCUCCUCUGCCAGUGUGGCGCGUGCCCUGGCGGCGUCGGGGUCGGUGUCGAUGUCAGCGUCGCCACUGGGCACGCUCAAGUGGAAGAAGGGCGACCUGCUGGGGGAGGGCGCCUUUGGCAAGGUGUUCCUGGGUCUGAACGAGACGACGGGCGAGCUGAUGGCCGUGAAGCAGAUCAAGAUGACGACAGCCGGGGACGAGAAGGCGAUGCUGAUCGCGUCCUUGGAGCGCGAGAUCGUGCUGUACCGCCAGAUGCGGCACCGCCACAUCGUGGGGUACAUCGACAUGGAGAAGGACGAGGCGGAUGGAUCCAUCUAUAUAUUCUUGGAACUGGUGUCGGGCGGAUCGCUGCACAGCAUGUUGGAGAAAUUCGGCAAGUUCAGCGAGUCACUGGUGCGGGUGUACACGCGGCAGCUGCUGCUGGGGCUGGAGUACCUGCACGGGUGCAAAAUCAUUCACCGCGACAUCAAGGGCGGCAACGUGCUCGUGGAUAGAGACGGGGUCAUCAAGCUCGCCGACUUCGGUGCAUCAAAGGCGUUCCACGAGGGCACGGUGGGCGAGGGGUGCAAGUCAAUCCGCGGGUCGGUGUUCUGGAUGGCCCCCGAGGUCAUCAAGGGCGACGGCUACGGCCGCCGUGCCGACAUCUGGAGCCUCGGCUGCACAGUCAUCGAAAUGCUCACCGGCAGCCACCCGUGGCCCGGCAUGGACAACACGUGGUCGGCCAUCUUCCACAUCGCCAAGACCACCACGGGCCCGCCCAUUCCCGAGGGCAUAUCGCCCGAGGGCCGCGAGUUCCUCGAGGCGUGCUUCCACAUAGAGCCGUAUGACCGGCCGUCCGCCACCGAGCUUCUCAAGUUGCCAUUUGUUCAAGUUCCGGACACUCCUAGAGAUGCACGCAUGGCGCAAUUCCUCUAACUAAAAAGGUCACUACCACGUGUUUCACUUAGAUUCUCUUAUGGUGUAAUUUAUUAACGAGUAAUUUGAAGCAUGUUAGGGCACUUUUACGA